CCAUUUGAAAUAUCAACAGCUGUUGAUGCCCUAAUGACCUGGGGGACCGAAACGUAACUUUUGAUCCCGACACCGACUGUUCCUUCUGAAGAUUCGGUUUCCAACCUCGAUAAACAUUCGUUUUUUUCUCCUUCCAAUAAGAGUCUCAGUACAAGGUCUCAAGUAAUGUGCUUAGAAUCCAUGAAUCAUGCUCUGUUUGACACGAUACCACGCUUAGAUUACCAUCAGAACUUUUUUUCUUUGGUAGCGUUGUCCCGUCAUUGUUCCGAUGGCGUUCCCUAUGCGUGCUCAUUCCUCUUAGCUAACAAUUCGUGGCGUAUAUGAUGAGGUUCUGACGCCUUAAUCGACAUGCUUUACAAUUCACAAGACUCUCUGGCUGAUCCUCCUUAUUUCCAGCGUGCUCGGAGGGAGAAAAUGACAAGAUCACUUUCUCGGGCAUGUGCUAAUGAAUCAAGUGAUUGCUUUCAGGAGUUGAUGUUAAGCAAGCAGCCACUAAAGACGGUGAAAGGUGGUGAAUCAAAUAGACAUGACAUGAGCAUGAGAACACAUGAUGAAUCGGAAUGUCUGUCUGACAUUGAUGAUCUGGAGAUUGAUCGCUACCUUCACAAUGAAGAGGAGAGGCAAUAUAAGAAGAUCAUAUGGGAAAAACUGAACUGGGAGUAUACUAAGGACCAAGCAGCCAAGGAAGAAGCUGCAAAAAGGGGUUUUGAUGGUUUGCUGGUAACAAGAGAGCUGGACACAUCUGCUUCUGCAUCUGUGGCGAAAUCCCAAAAGGGAAAGAAGAAGAGACAAACUCAAGUGGCAAAGGGUUCAGGGUCUGCCCGACUUGAUCCAAAGGAUACUCAAGCGCUGAGGAAAAAGAGGCUUGGCUCUAAAGUCAAUUUUGAAAUGAUGGAGAAAUUAUUUGGUGAACCCGAUACGCAGGCGGCGCUAGAGAACCCCAAGAAAGCACGAAUUGAGCCAUGCUCUGGGAAUCGCGAUAAUUUAGAGUCGGAGCUGGAGGACAAAGACAGGGGUGAUGACAAGCUCGAAUCAACAAGUGAAGUGGAAGAGGAGACAGGUGAUAUGGGCGGGCUAUAUGAAAAUACUUGUUAUGAUAAUCAUGUCGACGAGGGAUAUAACUAUGAGGAUGAUGAUUAUAACUUUGAAUGAAUGAUGGUUACUUGAGAGCUGCUUGAAUCCUAUUUCUGCUUUAAUUAUCCGUGGGCUUCUUGGAUGCCGGUAUGACAUGGCUGGCUAAAGGGGUAACCGAAGAUUAUCAGAAAUCGUUGGUGAUGCUGUGUUGCCAUCGAUGAGGCAAGUGUCACUAUCUUGUUCUAUCUCCUUCCUCGUACAGCCGUGGAGUCCACUUCCCUCCACAUUUUGUCUCCCCCAUUCCCGAUCCCUUUCUUUUUACUUCUACCAGAGUUUUAAAUAAAAACUUACGAGUCCGUUCAAUUUUGGAUUCAAUCUUUGCUAUGAGAUCUUGUGGGGGGUGAGAAUAUACUAUGGUUACCUGUGUCGUUGAGCCGCAAAUCCACGGGAAGGGUACAAAUAAAUUAGAUAUUGAACAAUUUGAUCGUGUUCUUUUACCCCACUCCUCAUGCGCGUGCAUGUCAGUUUUGUAGCAGCAAAUCUUAUUUUCUUUGACAUUGGAAUGGAGGCGUUGUGAAGCCUAGUGGAUGAUCCACGCCAAUUUGGUAGCGUGAUGAAAAUGGUAUGCCUUGAGCUUUGGGACGUAUUUUUUUCUUUUUGUAGCAACAAGUAGUCGAAAAGCAAAACUUGGAAACGGUGCAAAAAUAUUAAAGUGAGUGCCUGAUGGAUUUCUUAUCCGGUAGCGAAUAUAUCUCUUUACGGUCGAUGCUUUGAAGAGGAACUGAAAUUUUGGACUGACUGAAUAUUUGAAGGGCACAAGAGCCUGAACAGAGAUUUGGUUUUAAUGGAGAUUCUCUCCUUAGAUAACUCCCAACUCUGGCGGAUGCCUCAAGAUGAAUAAAGUUCGUUGACAUGUGGGAAUUGUCUUGUGGUAUUUGUUUAAGUGCUGAUAUAUUGCA